AUGUCGUCCUUGUCCGAGCUGGAUUCGUCCCUGCGCAACUAUAUCGCGUUGGUGACCAAGUACAUCGGUGAGUGCACGAUUGGGCAGCGCUGGCUGGGGGGGGGGGAAGAGAGGGAUCAGCAGAGCGUAGCAUGUGGCUGUGGCUGAUCAUCGAAUGCAUGUGCUGAACCAACUCGUUUAGAUGAAUACCUCGCCAGCCCCGGCCUCUUCGACAACGCCAUUUUUUGCUUGCUCGAGGCCCCCUUCUUCAGCUCGCACCUCGAUCGCAUGACGGCCAACGUGAUUUCGACUAUCUCGCCCGACGCGUCGUACUCGUCUUUGUUCAUAUCCCUCAUGAUCAUUCUGCAUCUCGGACUCGCCGAUCCUCUGGCCGCUUCCACGAUGAUCCUGCGAGCCGACCCGACGCGCUCGGGUACGUCGAGGGUGUUUCGGGCGAUGCGAGCGCGAUGGCAGGGAGUCGUUCCGAUCCUUCUCAAGGCCGUCUGGGACGCGGGAGUCGUAGAGCAUGAUCAUGCUGUGAGCAAGCCCUACGGUGCAGAAGUCCAAAGCUCCCUCGGAAGCCACCAACGGUGGGAGGUGCGCGUCGGAACCGCCGCUACAGCCGUCCUCUACGAGAUCUGCCGAGUACAAAAACUCGAAGCCUCCGAACUGAGUGCGUACCACAACUUUCUCAGAAACAUGUGUGCAUAUGCGUGCCAACUGAAGACGCUUGGACAUGCAGCGGUAUUCUCUUACGACUUCAUUGAUCAUCUUUUCGCCCUCGUUGAGCGGACCAGGGACGUCGAGGACGAAACGUUCAACUACACCUUGAUCAAACUCAUCAUCGCACUCAACGAGCAAUUCAUGGUCGCUUCACUUUCUUCCCAAGUGCAGUCAAAGGGAGGCAAUGGGGCACUCCCGCCUCCGAUACUGCCGCAAAUUGUGGGCGACCGCCAGCCCGAGCGCGGUCCGAACUUGGUGCUUGAGGCGCUCAAGGCUAGGACAAGCGAGAGCAAAACAUUUGGGGAAAACGUCAUAUUCAUUCUCAACCGUUCGAGUCAGUAUUGCACGCUUUGCUAGUGGCCCGGUUCCGUACGCGCACACAAAGAAAAAUAACUCGAGACAUUUUGCUGCUCGCUGAUCCUCGUGCAGAUGGCACUCCCGACUCACUGUGCGUGUCUCUGCUCAUCCUCAAGCUGCUCUACCUCCUCUUCACCACAACCGGCAUGCAAGAAUACUUCUACACGAACGAUUUAUGCGUAUUAGUUGACGUCUUCAUUCGCGAAUUGUGCGAUCUUGACGAGGAGAGCGAAGGGGUAAGUGACCCCUAAAGCCUCGCCUCAUGUUACCGAACUAAUAUAUUCCGCUUCAUGGAUGACCGUAGCUUAAACACACUUACUUGAGGGUAUUGCAUCCAUUACUCAGCAACACCCAGCUUCGCCAUCACCCGUACAAAAGACCUCAGCUGCUGAGAGUCCUCCUGUCUUUAAUUUCAAACUCGUCGUAUCGUGAAAUUGACCCGACCACCCGACGGCUAGUCGAGCGCAAUCUCCGGGGUAGCUGGUGUGACGGGCUCGAACAAGAUCGGGAUCGCCUUGGCUUGGAGGCCUCGCAUAGCCCGCAUGGGCGUGCGGCGCGGAUUGCACGUUUUCAACAACUGGACGAUGCUCGCAGUGGUCUGUCGACCGCCAAUAGCAGCUCGAUUAGCGUUGACGCGAUCGCUCGAGCAGAGCAAGCAGGCGGUACUUACAAGAAUCAUUUCUCCAGUCAUCGCAUAUUCAACGUAACAAGUACGGCGCCAUUACAUCCUGCAGAGCUCGUCGCCGAUGCCCCAAAUCCACCGGAAGCGCCACCGUCCAUGCCGCCCGCUUUACCAGAGAUUGUGACCCAGCCAACAUCUCAUGAUCAUCUUCGUUCGGUGCCCUCCGUUCGGUCCGACUCGCUUGAGAGUUUGACGUUGCACCGGAGGAGGAAAGCACCGCCUCCGCCAUCGGAACGAUCGAAUGCGGUGAUCCUCGAUGCCUGCAUGUCCCCUACCACACCCACCAGCCAGCGUCGCGCCGCGCCGGACCCCCCGUUGAAAUCUAGGACCCCAACGGCCCUGCCUGUCGGUCCAGCUUCGCCUCAUCAGAAGCACUGA